AUGUCUAUUGGCGUACCGAUCAAAUUACUUCAUGAAGCUCAAGGCCAUAUUGUAACUCUAGAAUUAAACAAUGGAACUGUUUAUAGAGGAAAAUUAUCUGAAGCUGAAGAUAAUAUGAAUGUACAACUUCGAGAAAUCACGGUAACAGCACGAGAUGUAGCAAGAGCUCAAGCGCGAGGUGGACGUGGCAGAGGUUUUCGAGGUGGUCCCCGUGGUCGCAGUGGUCGUCCUUAG